AUGUCUCCGUUCCCAUUGAAAGGACAUCCAACAAGGCCACACAAGAACAUGCAUCGGUUGUUACAAAGGUACACGACUGAAGCAUCCACCCCGACUAUGAGGCCGGCAACAUCUACCUACCCACUGUUUGUACCCUAUCUGCCCCCUCCAUCUGCAUCAGCCCCACUGUUUAGUACCCUAUCACCCCCUUCAUCCACAUCAGCCACAUCAUCAUCCCCUUCAUCUACAACAAACCCAUCGUCUACCCCUUCCUCAACAAUAGCCACAUCGACACCGGUUGCUACUGAGCAACAAGAUGCGCAGCUAGAGCAACGCUUGCAUAUUACAGUUCGGGCAAAUGCAUUAUUAUCAUCAGAAAAAAUUCCAGUUGUUGUUAGUGACUCAGUCAUCAAGGCUGCUUGGGAACAAAAGGCCAAAGAAAGAUAUCGACGGUGUAAAGGUGUAGUUGGUGGAAAAGCCCCACCUACCCAUAAUGGUGGAUCGGCUUCACAUCAACAAAUUGUUGCUGAUAUGCUAUGUGAGGAAUAUACGGGAAAAGCUCCAUCAUGCUAUGAACUAUUCAUGUUUACUUAUAUUAAGGAUCAUGACGGAAAGACAUUUCAAGUUGACAAAGCUAAUGAAGUUCAUGAUUUGAUUGUGUCUCGACGUGCGGAUUUAGCAUUGCUAGGAGAGGAAGUUCCUAAAAGUGAACUGUUUUAUGCAGCUGUUGGAUGA